UCUCUCAUAAUUGUAUUAAAUUGUCCGUUGGUGUGGCCGUUGGCGAUGGAAAAUAUCGGAAUUUUUUUUUCCCGGAAUUACCGACGAUUUUUGACGCAACGUAAUCGUGAUUAAUCGAGGGGACGGGCUUGGAACAACAGAAAAUCGUGAAUUUAAGUGAUCGGAGUGGUGUCUCGACACUCGGGUGAAACACGUAGUUUCAUCCUCGACUUUGAUGGAUUGUGUGGCGUCUGGGAGGCGCCAUCGAGAGUUAUUCCACUCGUUUAGUGUGGGACAUUGGCGGAUGACGAAUGCCCUUCGGGCCAAUAAUUUUUAUCGGGACAGACAAUAUAUGCGUGGGGAUCGAGGGGGGAGGGGGGAUUGUUAAUCUCGGAAGUAUACACGUGUAGUGGUCUGUCAAUGGGGGACGAACAAUUUUUUAAUUGUCCGGGGAGUUUUGCGAAAUUGUCCGGAAGAAUUGUUUUGCUGAAUCUGAGGAGAAAAAUUGUUGGGUUUUUUUUUUGUCUGUUGACAGAUGUUAAAUAAAUUGUAGAUAUGCAGGUGAGGGCUGUCGGGGGUGAGUCGAUCGUUUGAUGAUUUUUUUUUUCAUUUUUUAGUCGAGAUAACUGUCUUUAUUUAUUUAUAAGAGUCAGAGCUGCGGGUGAGGGGCCUUCAGGAUAUUCUAAUUUGUUUACUGGCGGAAGGACAAUAAUGUCGAAUGUCCAAUCCGAGGGGUGAAAUUUUAUUACUAUUUUUAUUAAACUAAUGCAAUUGUUAUUGGAUAUUUCUCUCCGCGUGGAUUUCGCUCUGAUUUUUCCUGGACUUCCUCGCCGCAUGUGAGAGUGACCUCGAGUGGAGACGGAGAAAUUUAGGGACUAAUUGGGAGGAACGUGAACAAGGGAUACUCCGGUGUAUCCUAUCGACGUGCUUUGAAUACCAACAAUAAAUCGAUAUGUAAGGCUCGGGGGCCAGAAAAAUGCGGCCGACAAAUUAUCAAUUCCCUGGAAAGAAUGCGCGAGUUUUUUUUUAUCGCGUGGAGAUAUUAAUAGAAUGAUGGACUGGAAAGGGGGAUCACUCGUUCUAUUUUUAACCGAAAUGCGGGUUUUGUUUGAAGUCGGAGAUUUUUCGGGAUUUUCGGAAAUCACGACGGGCGUUACCCUUGUUUUGACACGAAAAAGCUGCGGGGAAAUUGUGAGAGGAACCUCACAAUUUUCUUUUGUGUUUGGGGAACUGACAGCUGGUGACUAAGUGUCCAAAAGCAAUGAUGGAUGAUGACGAUCAGGAAGAGCUGCGCUGUGCCGUCAGUGACGUGGAAAUCGAGGAGUACACGGACACCGAGGAAUCACCAUACGGUGGUUAUCAGCCAAUGGACAAAUUGUUUGACACUGACCAGCCGUGUUGGCAAAAAUUCGGUUUUCUGACGACACUUGUCAUCCUCGUUGCCUCAAUUACAACGUCGAUCAUCACCUUCCCCCUGUACCUGGAGAGCGUUAGUGCAGCUGCAAAUGCAUAUUCUGGUCUCCUGUUCAUCGGAUUCUUCUCUACGUGUAUCCUCAGCGUGAUCUGUUUUAUGGUGGAGAGAAUUUCUCCACCACCUGCCCUCAUUCCUAACAGUAUGAGGAUAAAAAUUGCAAGAUGUAGCAUGGUGAAGAUAAGUGGAAUAUACGCGUUAUCUGGCAUCCUAGCAACUCUCUCCCUGGAUCAAAAUCGAGUGCUCUGCCAUCUCCAGGAUCCCAUCAAAGGGAUUACCCUCGUUUUCUCCCUGGUUUACUAUUUUUUCUUCUGUCGUAAAAUGAUGAGCCUCCAACGGAUAUUCUCCAGCACGACAAUCAUCGUGGGACUGUUUAUUAGUGUCGACUAUGGUCUCUGCGAUGAGUUCAGGUGCAGGGGGAGGGAGGUCUCUGGGCACACUGUUAAGAUGAGGGGACCCUGGGGAGCCAGAGCUAUUUGGACACUCGUCUACGUCGGGGCACUUGCACUCUUCGCCAUGUUCUUCACUCUGCUUGAACUCCAUUUCACUACGGGGCAACAGAAUAUCUGCAGACUCUCUACAACUCAGCAGAAUUCCUUCCUCUACACAGUGUCAAGAUUGGUAUCAUCACGCGAUAUCAGACGGAGAGGAUCGGAGGAGGAGGGUGGUCGUUUACUCCACGUAACCGAUCCAGACCCAACGAUAAAGCAAAAACAUUUUCCCAAACCCCCGGUGCUCAACAGCCUACUCCAGAUACAUGCCAUUGCACUGGUAGUCAUCGUGGCAUUCAGUUGGAUCGAUACACUUCCCGGAAUUGGCAGGGGAUUACCGCCGAAGAAUUUAUUAGAGACUCUCCAGCACGGGUUCAAGUGUCACUUCUGGGGCGGCUCCACUUGCUCAAAUGUCGCCGGGCACGGAUGGAUUUUUCUCCUCGCUUACGUUACUUUCAUUAUAUCCGCUGUCAAUUUUCUGUCAAUGUGCGAGAGCGCAGUCUUCACUGUUGCUGCCACCACUAUUUCAUUGCCUCUAUCCGGGAUUUGGUGGAGUAUUUAUAGGAUGGAUGUGGGAAUUAACACAGCAUCAAUAUCCUGGUCACCAGGUGUCACAGGUGAGCUGAUCUGCGCCCUCCUGGGCCUCCCCGUGGUCCUCCUGGGUCUGGGGCUCCUCAUCAGGUCCCACUUCAGGGACACCCAGCCGUCUUAUCAAACAAUUCCACCCCCCGACUUGCAUCGGGACAUAUGCCAAAGAUGAAUCGCCAAUAAAAAUUGUUAAUCCAUCCUAAUUAGUCCAGUGCUUGUGCAUCAUCAUAAUUUGCAUAGAAGAGAAUCCGAAGCCAUAGUGAUGCAAUCAGCAAGCGUACUGCUCCGUUACAGAUGCCGUUCCACGUCGAUAAAGAUAAAAAAAUGUUUAAUAAUUAUUACGUCAUGCCAAGAGAACAUUCACCGAGCCAAAUGAUUGUCAAUUCGUAUAUUGUUGCCAUAGCUAACUAGUCUUCCUGCAAAGUACCCCUUAUGAUUUUUAUAUUCUUGGGAGAAUUGAGGAGGAAGGGGGUAAAUUGUGACUCCAGAAAAAUUAUUUAUGUGACGCAAACGAAUGGAUUUAUUUAAAAAGAAAAUAAGAUUUUCUCUCAAUCGCAGAAGAUGGAAAAUAAUGCAAACCAGUGAAUUACUUAUAAAUAUUGAAAGAAAUAAUUAAAUUGCAAAAUAUGGGGUUGUAGCCGAAGCCCCUGGUUUCUGGAUGCAGGGUCCUAUUUUUUUAUUCAUUGAAUGUUGAUUAAUGGAAUAAAUAAUUGAUCACGACAAUAUUAUUGGAGCACGACAUGAUCCAGGAAUCAAUCCGAACCAUAAAAUCGUCCAGAAAUUAGGGCCGACCCCACCCAGACGUGAUAUACCAUCUGGAAAAAUGUUACCCCUUCCCCAGAAGCUUGUGUUUCAUCAACAGCUCAAACUCUUCAGCGCAGACAGAGCCCUAAGAAAAAAAACUAACUCAAUGUAUAGUAGUUUUAUAGAUAAUUCGCAGGAGGAAAUUUUUUAUUUACCGAUUUGUCAAUGUUUCUAUUUACUCGGAUAAUGAAUAAUCCAUGAACAAGGUAGUUUGCUUUGACGAAGUGUCCGAGUACGAGAAUAGAAUUCAGUAUUAAUAAGUGUAAGGAAUUAGAAGCGCAAAGUCUAAGUGCUCAUGAAAAAGUCCAUUGACACAAUGAAGAAGUGUUGAAAAGAUAGUAAAGAUCGUAGUAAUUAUUUUUUAUCAUUUUUGGAUGUGAAAUUUAUUAACGUACCUACUGGCAAGUUUUAUCUCGUCUACUUUACAAUUUAUCCUCUAGUGAUGUUAAUUUAACGUAUAUAUAUGUGCCAUUUUAGUGUUUUAAUAAUCAAUGGUGACAAGAAAAAGGAUAACUAACUGUUAAUCAAUAAAUAAUCGUAAAUCUAAGGCAGGAAAUGAAGACAAUGUUCCACUAAUUCGUUGAAAGUCAGUCAUUAUUACCAGAGCCAGAAACGUCCAUGUUUUUAUAAUAAUAAAGCCAUUAACAAUAAAUAAUAAUCCUCGUAGACAGACGUACGUGUAGACCCAGUGGUGCGACUGAAACUAAUCAACAAAAAUACUGAAAUAAAUCACAAGCUAAAAUUAUGAAAUCAUUACAACGAUUUGUUAGACGACUGUUGAUCGUUAAUGGUGAGAAAAAUUUUUUAUACUCGGUGUUACGGACAUGGAAAAUAACAAGGAAUUUCAAUAGAUUCUUUUUGUCGCUGUGUCUCCUCUUUGCCAAUCACCGAUAGGCGUAGAAAAACAGUGGAUAUUAUACAUAUGAAUAAACUUUUAGACGUGA